UCCGGUAACUUCUGUCAUCAAGUAUUCCGGCGAACUAGCCGCCCAAAGACAAACUAAGACCACAAUUCGGAAUUUAACGGAACAUGGAAGCGAAUAAACCAGUUCAGACCUCAGCUGGACAAACCUCUGGACCAGACGAGGUGGCCAGAAAGGCAGGAGCUGAAGCCAAGGAGGCCAACCGCCUGGAUGAAGUUCGUCUGGUGGUGUUGGGAUGGAGGUGGCCGGGGAAGAGCUUGACAGGCAACACCAUCUUAGGCAGAGAGGAGUUUCAUUUAGAGCGAGCUGCUGAGUUCUGUGUUACGAGGCAGACGGAGGUGCAGGGACGACAGGUGACAGUGGUGGAUACGCCAGGAUGGUUCUCUUCCCAGGAUACUCCGCCUUCCUAUAAACAGGAGUUAGUCAGGGGAGCCUCUCUUUGCCCUCCAGGUCCACACGCCUUCUUGCUCGUCAUCCCUGUUGGCAUGUUCACCGAGGUGGACCGUGGUCGCAUUGAGGAACACGUGAGCCUCUUUGGGGAGGAUGUGUGGAGGCAUACAAUUGUGGUGUUCACCUGGGCGGAUGUGUUGAAGAAAAUCUCCAUCGAGAGGUACAUUCGUAGGGAGGGUAAAGAUCUGCAGUGGGUGCUGGAGAAAUGCAAGCGGAGGUACUUUGUUAUUAACAACUGCAUAUUUGGGGAGAAUCCCCAAGUGGGACACUUAAUAGAGAAGGUGGAGAAGAUGGUGGCAAAAGAGGGUGGGCACUACAAUCCAGAGGAGGCGAAGGAGAAGAAACCUGUAGAUGAGAACCGGAAUUCGUCCAAGGAGGCAGAGGAGCUGGGAGCCCAGCCCAAACAAAACUCUGGAGUGGGUUUGUCAAAAGCCAGAGAGGUGGAGGCGCUUUCAAAUUAACGAGACAUUCAUGGCUGACGGAGCCUCUAACCCACGACUAACGAAGCCUCUUCCUUACUGAUCUGAUGGAAAAGCUGCUGGUGUGUUGAGAGGAAAAAAUGGUAAAAAAAUACCAAAACAACUGAAAUGUUACUGAAUGUAAAAAUCAAUGUGAUAUAUUUAUUUUAUUUUUUUAAUCAGUCGUGGACAUUUUUAAGGAGCUCACUGUGAUAUAGGAGGCCUUUAAGCCCUUUAGUUCAUGUUGUCCAGAGACUUACUGUCCCGCUUUUACCCAGAAUUAAUUCUGGUUAAUCUUACUAGGUUUGCAAUACGGUCUUGUGGGGGGUGGUGUGAUGAAAUCUCAAACAGAAACACAAGUUGUUACAUAGAUAUUGCCAAAUGUAGUGUGUACACUCCUUACCGGAUACCAAUGGCAGAGCUGCACUACUAAAUUGUCCCUGUAAUAUCCUGUUGAUGACUGGUGAGGGGAAAUUCUUUGCAAAUAAUUCCCAUUUGUUGUGACCAAACUGUAAAUGCGUUUCUAAUGUUGCAUUAUUACACACACAGGUGUACAUAUUUAAGGCACUUGAGCAGUUACUGUUUUUUUGUUUUGUUUUGUUUUUUUUGUUUUGUUUUGAUGUGUUGCCUUAAAGCAGUGAUGUUUGUUUUAAAUCGAUCUUUUAGAUGAUUAUCUUGUUGCAGAAGGAUAACUUAAAGGAAAGAACAACUAUUACUCAAUAUGCAGGAAACUGAGGUUUUGGUUUAAAUCAUUUUCCAGCAAAAUAUGAAUUUUAAGUCUUCAGUGGUUAAUUAUCUCAUAGCAAAUUCAGUGUCUUUGGGUUUGGGAAAAAGAUUCGAUUUCAAGGUGUUUCCUUUGUUUCUUAUAGAUUUAAGAUGAUGUUUCCAAUAAUCUGAGAGUACAGAAAAAGUAGGUCAAACUGACUACCAAAACCCGGGUCAAACCACUUGAGGUAGUCUUGAGGAGUUUGCAGUUUCGCCAGAAGUUAAGACAUAGACAUUUGUUGCCUUUGAGAUGAUGGUUUCAAAGACAGGGACCAGAUCUGCAACUGCUCACAGUUAGUUGCUGUCCUCAAAGCAUCUUCCUUACAUUUUCCUAACUGCUUAUCCAGUUCAGGGUUUCGGGGGAGGCUGGGGUUUAUCCCAGCUGCUACGUACAGUUUGGAAAUAAUUAUUUGAUCCACUGCUGAAUUUGUAAGUUUGCUGACUGGUUUGAGGUCUGGAGACUGGCUAAGCCACUCCAUGGACCUUAAAGUGCUUCUUCUUUAGUUACUUCUUUGUUGCUUUGGUUUUGGGUCAUUGUCAUCCAAGACCCAUCUUCAGUGUUCUGGCUGAGGGAAGGAGGUUCUCGUCCAAUAUUUUAUCGUACUUGGCCCCAUCCAUCGGCCGAUCAAUGCAGUGAAAUCAUCCUGUAUGCAUAGCAGAAGAACAGCCCCAAAGCAUAAUGCUUCCCCCUCUGUGCUUUACUGUGGGAAUCAUGUUCUUUGGGCCAUACUUGGCAUUUCUCUUCCUCCAAGCACGGCAGGUCGAGUUGAUGCCAAAGAGCUCCAUUUUGGUUUCAUCUGACCACAGCACCUUCUUCCAAGCCUUCUCUGAAUCGUUUAAUUGUUAACUGGCAAACUUUAGACGGGCCUGUACCCUGCGGGUGCUGCAAGAUUUCAAUCCAUUAUGGUGUAAUGUGUUACCAACAGGCUUUCAGAUUCAUCAGGGGAUGAAAUAAUCAUUUCCUCCCCGUACAUUUGACUUUGGGAUGAAACUCAUGCAGACACAGGGAGCACAUGCAAACUCAUGCAAAGAACAGUCCCAGCCAAAUGGUGCUAACUACUACACCAUGCUGCUUACUGAAAGAAAAUGCUGACUUGUUUCCUCAGAUGUUUUAUUUUGUGCCUUAAGGAUAUAAACAGUGAUUUGGAAGUUCAGACUGUAAACAUAACUUUUGUUUGUUUACAGGAAAACCCCUCAGGGCACAGUUGUCUUUUUUUUUUUUUUGCAGAAAAACACAGCCUGGUUCCAGCAGGGUGUACAAGCAUGAUGUAAGAUUCCCACCUCUUUGUUUUCUAUGGCUGCUUAGUGGGAGAUUGUAGUACUAUAGGUAGGACUACAUUGAUUCAUAAUGUAGGCAGGCCACUUUAUUAAGUGAUCUUUUGAGACUCAUUUAGUACCUUUUCAAGGUGAUCUUAACAGGAUAGAGUCAGCUGUUCCAUACAGACAUUUAAAUCUUCUUUGAGUAGACGUAUAACUGCUUUUAUAGUCCACAAACUUUACCUGAGUCACCCCUGGGUUUAGGCCUUGAAGCUGCCAGCCUGCCUGUAUUUACUGGAACCUGAGGGGACGGGCACAAACAGAUGCACACAGCACAGAUAUUGGCCUUAAAUAUGUCCAUUCUCUUUUUUUUUUUUUUUUUUUUUUUUAGGAUUGAUAGAUUUACUUUGGAUUAACCUUCAUGCUGUUAGGUAUUACCAGAGAAAGUUUUAGUUUCAAAGUUGGCCUUCAAUCUUUAAUUUUCUUUAAAUGUCAGGGGUCAGUCGUCACUUCUGGCUAUAAAUGAGGAGCUUGAGCGAGAUAGAAAACCAUCAAGACCACAAUAUUAACCAACUGAAAUAAAGCCAUUUAUCUGUAUAUACUUCAAGUCCUUUGUAUUUAUUUAUAGUAAUGAAUGAGUACAAUAAAAAAUAACCACACUCUCAGAUAUACACUAUACCUGUUUAAUCCAGUUUGGGACAAUACUGACGUGUUGGUUGAAGUUUAAUGCUGAAACCUGAGAUGUACAACAGAUCUGCUGGCAACCAAUCGUAAACAAGCACCUGAGGAGUAGAGAUUACUGAUAGGUCAUGCUAGCACAGUCAGAUGCAGGCACUGCUACAGAUGUGUGUCACUCUUGAUUUACUGUCUCUUAUGUAAAGAAAAAAACAUGUCAACACCAAUGAGUACAUGAUUUUUAAAAAAUUAUUAAAAAAAAAAAAAACCUGACUUAGUACAAAUACAUGGUUGUAUGUAUGUAUGCAUACACAGGAUGCUGUAAGAAUCUCCCGAGGCAUGAAAUCCACCUUUGUAGCAGUUCUUCUGGAUGCUUUGAUCCUGUUUGAUCUCAGAUGCAUUUCUCAGUUAAGCAUGUGAAUCCAGUUACUCCUAAGUAAUUCAUGGACGAAGAGUCACCUCUCUAUACUUUGCACUCCUGUUACACUAUAUGGAAUCAGCUGUAAUUAAACUGGCGUUACUUCAAUGAGAGCUACAAUGUCUGUUUUUUCUGUCAAAUAAAUGUAUAUA